UCUACAUUACAGGAGUGUGGUACUCGCGGCCGAAUAACGAAGCCUGUAAGUGAGAAGCUAACUAAUGUUUUGGCUAACUGGAUAGCUAAAAACUGCCGCCCAAUUAGCAUAGUAGAAGACGAUGGACUGAGAGAAGUUAUUCAAAUUGCAUCGGGAGACGCCUCUUAUAAUCUCCCCUCGAGAGGAACCAUCGUGUCAAGAAUACACACUUUGUAUGAAAGCGAGAGGGCACGGAAGAUUAACAUGCUUGAGCAAGCAAAAAAUGUCGCUCUUACAGGUGACCAUUGGACCUCUGUAAACAAUGACAACUACUUAGGCGUCACAGCGCACUUCAUUGAUAAUGAAUGGAAUCUUCAAUCGUUCGCACUAACUGUAAGUAAAACAGAAGAACGACACUAUGCUGAUGCAUGUGCUGAUCAUUUUCUGGAUGUCGUAAAAGAAUGGAAAAUCAAGGAAAAGUUAACCACACUUGGCACUGACAGUGCUCGUAACAUGGUUGCAGCCGCAAGACAACUUCCAUUUGAACACCUGCCCUGCAUGGCUCACAGUCUGCGAAGAACGGUCACGGUUUCCCUUAACGACAGUGGAUUCCACAGUGUUGUGGCCAAAUGUCGCAAGAUUGUCGGGCACUUUAAGCAUAGUCCAUCAAACGCUCAGGAAUUAAGAGAACAGCAAGUUGCACUUGGACAGAUGGAAGAAUCACUCGUUCAGGACGUUCCAACAAGAUGGAAUUCUACCAUAGAGAUGGUCAAGCGAAUCCAGCGAAACAAAUCUCCACUGACCACUACGCUGGCUCAGCAAAACAGCAAUAUUGCCACGUUGACUACACAGGAGCUUGCCAAACUGCAAAUGCUGGAGGAACUACUUGAACCUUGCAGAUAUGUGAGUGAACUGCUGGGGGGAGAGCAGUAUGUCUCCUGUUCUGUGGUGUUACCAGCCCUGUGCCACUUAUUCAGAGUUAUGGAGCCCUCAGACAAUGAUCCAGUCUAUGUAGUGAGGUUUAAGACAUUCUUUACCACAGACCUAGCUAAACGCAAGGAAAGCACCAACCUCACAUGGCUAAAGAUCGCUACUACACUUGACCCCAGGUUCAAGGACCUUAAGUGUCUUCCCAAAGCUGAAAGGAGUGAGGUGUGGGCUUCAAUAAGCAACCUGGUGGUGGGAGAGAGGCCUAGACAACAACCAUCUUCAGAGACAACCGAGAAACAGCCACCAAAGAAGAGAAGGAUGUCCGUCUUCUUGCUGGGUUCUUCAGAUACGGAUACAGAUGAAGAGGAAGAGUCCACAGAACAAUGUGUGGACCGCUACAAAGUAGAGCCCAAAAUGGACAUGGAGGGGUGUCCACUACAGUGGUGGUCAAAGAGAGAAGGAGCACAUGCCAGGCUGGCACGCAUUGCACGCAAGUACCUGUCAACCCUGCAACCACAGUGCCUUGUGAGAGGUUGUUCUCACUCUCAGGCCACAUCAUCCAAAAGAAGAGAGCAGCUUUGUCCCCUGAUAAUGUAAACCGACUGGUCUGUCUCAGUAACUGGCUGAAGUG